AUGCAAAUAUACCAGCUGAAUGUAUGCCCAUUCAUAAAACUACAGGUUUGUUUGACGUCAUUGCCUCACACAGAAGCUGCGAUGGAGCUUAGGCACGAGCCCAAUUAUGGUCAUGUGCUAGCUUCGCUUCGAAUUCGUUGCACUGUCAGAGGAUCAAACCAUGGAUUACAUUUUGUAGAAUCGACGUCCUAUUUUGUUCAAUUGGAGAAACUUUGCAGAGGAUGUGGCGAGGAAUUGAAGGGAAUGGACGAAGAAAAGACGAUGAGGGAACUGAAUGAGGAACGAGUCACCAGCCAAAGCGUUGGGUAG